GAAGAGUUAGCCAAUAUAUCCUGAAAGACUCACGUGACUUAUUGGUUGACGAAAGCGAAGAAGGACCCGGGAGAAACAAAACAAAAAGUGUUCCGUGACAAACGCAACACAGGAGUUCAGAUGAAAAUGAAAGUCAAACGGAGUCUUCUUGAGUUUGUUUCCAAAAUGUUUCCUCGUGUGUCCCUGUUUCUUCCUCUCGUCGCGGUAUGAGCCACACAGCCUUUGUGUGUUGCACAGUUCUGUCUGUUCAGGAUACAAGCAUUUUAUACCCAUCGUGCUCCAACUGCUUCUCCAGAGUGUUUCUGUCUGAAAAGAGAAGCCCCAGGUGGAGCUGCACUAAAUGUGGAUGGGACUCGGAGGUCCCAGGAUACAGAUACAGGUUGUCGCUGAGGGUGUCCAAAGACUGCGACGUGCUAGGGGUGACUGUGUUUGGGAGGUGUCUCGAUUCAUUCUUCGGUGUAACAGCUGGACAAUUUCAAAGAUUUGUGACUGCUAUUAAAGAAAGCCAAGGUGUCGAAAAAGCUGAGUUGCUGCUGAGAAAAUCAUUGGAGGAUUGCUUCGUUGGAAGAUGUGUGCACUUAGGAAUCAAGUUUCCUGACAGUGGUGAAGAUCACGGCUCAAUGGCACCGCUGUCCGCCUCCCUUAAAACAGAGCAGCACAUUGCAGGUAAAAUCAGUCUACCAAGUGAUGGUGCGUUUGGCGUUAGUGUAAUCCGGUACCUACAGAGCUUACUGCGCGCGUGUGCACCCUCAGACCGGUGUGAACCUCCGGAGGCUUCCCUACAGUCUGAGCAGUCCAGUUACCAUGACUACACACAGCUCUGCUCUGGAGGGUCUUGUUUACAUUCCAGUGACACCGACUCUCAAGAUGCUUGCUUCCCUCUACCUGUGCUGCAGUCACCUGGUCUACACAGUGAGCUGGGGGACUCGUUGGAGCGUUCUACUCCGGAGCAGCAGAGGGCGAUGGGAGACUCACUAGUUGACCCUUCACCGGGACAAGGGCGAAGGAGGAGACGAUGUAGGAGCACCUGUGAUGUGUCCUACACGAAUGGAUCAUGCAGGUGUCUGGAGGGUGUUUGUGCACGGAAGGAUCGGAGAGUUUCGAUGGGCCAGGAGUCGGGAUACAGUGAUCAUUUCAGAGACGGAGGAUCUUCCGGGUGUUCAAAUUCCAGAGACGGAGAAUCCUGUGGGUCUUUUCCUGUACCGUUUAUACCAGACGAGUCAUGGACUCGUUCCUGCCCUCUGUCCUUCAGCGAUGAUGGGCUUUCAGCUGACUCUGUCUCCACAUCCUCUCCCCCAGACAAACUCCGGUCUAAGUCCUCAUGUAGUCUUUCGAUGAAGUCACCGAGCCCGUUGUGUCGUCGGGACACAGCCCAGCUCAGAGGGGUUUCUUGUCCGCCAGGCCCAUCCACACCUCCCAUUGGUACUCACAGUCCAAGCUGUUCGUUUGGACCUGUGUUGUCCUACUCUGUGACCUCUGACAGUGAGGACACAUGGGAGAAGAACACAUCCACCACACCAAAGGAUGUGGAGAGCUUUCCACCGCUCCAUGGCUGCGAAGAGGUGUACAACUACUCUGCAGAGCUUUUUGACAUGUCUGCUUUGGACACAACAGUUGACUUUCACAGAGCAGGUUUUUCCCCAGAAAAGGUAACUUGCAAGUCUCGAACAUCAUCUCGCCACUAUGCAAGGCCACGCUUGGCCCCCUGUUCCCAAUCCACCCCUAUUGUGUGCAGGGGGGCUACGGGAGCACGCUCCAUAACUUCUACCUGCCCCCAGAACCGGGAAGUGCUGUCGGAGAGGGGGCGGGUGCCUAGCUUUGAGGCGGCCCAAUGGGAAUCUGAUAGAAGUGUGAUUGACAGUGAGGCGGAGGGCUGUAUCGAUGAGGGGGGACUCUGCAUCUCGGAAACAAACACUUCAUUGACGAGAGAGGAAGCAGAUUGGUCCAGGGACCUUUUUGUUGAUUCUUAAAAUCUGAUCUGAAUAACUGUUAAAAUUAUGAAUUUAUGUAUUUGCUGUGAAUGACAAAUUUGAGAUGAAUUGCUGGAAAUAUUUGUGUUUGUAUGUGAAAUAACCUGCUGUAUUGCACAAAGCCAAAGCAAAUUAUGAAUGUGUAAUGUGACUUUAUUGCCAAAUUAUCAGACAGAUGAAUGUUCUGUUUUGCUUGUAGAUACAUUGUUCAGACAUUCUAUUUUUAUUUACUUCAUUGACAUUGUAACAAUCCUGCAUUUGAAUAUAUGAACAAUGAAUUGAAAAUACUUACAUGAAUGAACCUUAUGGUUGCACAGCAUAGAGCUUGAGACAUUAGUUUCUGCAGUGCCUUCACAGACCCGCCCUUGUUGUGCAACGUGCAACUCUGACUAUAAAUGUUCAUUUAAUAUAGCAUCACCAAAAGUUUAUAGAGCAGUAUACCCAGCAACUGCAUUCAAAACAUGAUAAUUCAGUGUCUCACCUUUCCUGUCACUGAUUGGUUGCCUGAUGUGCUCCACAUACGACUGGUGUAUUGCCCAUGCGGUCUUUGAAAUAAAUUAAUCACGACACUA